UUGCCACUUUAGAUAGAUAACAUAUUAUCAAAGAAAAUCUGAAUACACUUUCAAAUUUUGUUUGCUUGGAACGGAACAACCUCUAAUGUUGGGCGUAGGAAUAGACAUCAUACGAUUUCGUUUAGAAGUUCACUACUUUCGAUCGAAUAUAUUUUUGUACUUAUAUUCAUUUAUUGAAACGAUAUCUUUAAUCAUAAUUUUAGCAAAUAACAACUAAGCACAGGUUUAACUAUAAAACAAUUAUCAUGCUAACGGUUACUGAUGCUCGUCAUUUUUAGUUUGUUGCAUUGAAGUCAGCCCAGUCGGUCGGCGUUCCUAAUUAUAUUUCUCAACCAAAGAGUACUGUCACUAUGAGUACUAUGACAUUGACAUUUGCUUAGGGCCGCGGUUGUAGACGUUGUAGUCAUCAUUGUAGAUUUUUUCCCAAAAUAAUUUGUUUAUUUUAUGUCUUGAAAUAAUCUAAAAUUUUUGAAAAUGUCGGAGAGAGACUACGCGCCACUGAGCAUAGCCUGCGUCCGUGGGCUAUGUGACAAACUAUACGAUAAAAGGAAGUUCGCUGGAGUCGAAAUAGAGAAGAUGGUGAAGGACUUCAGCGACGCGAACAACACAAGCCAGAUCAAGCGGCUGGUGCGGGUGUUGGGCCAAGACCUGAUGGCGUCUACUAACCCUAAUGUUAAAAAUGGGGCACUCAUGGGCCUCUCCUCCGUCGCUGUCGGCCUUGGGAAGGGCUGCAUAGCAUACCUGCCGGAGCUGAUCCAGCCGAUCGUCGCCUGCUUCAGCGAGAGUGAGUCCCGUGUCCGCUACCAAGCGGCCGAGGCGCUCUUCAACGUGGUGAAAGUGGCCCGGGGUGCUGCACUGGCACACUUCCCUCUGCUCUUUGAUGCUCUCGCGAAGCUAGCUGCCGACCCGGAGCCGCAAGUUAAACAGGGAGCUGAACUGCUGGACCGACUUGUCAAGGAGAUAGUGACGGAAAGCCCCGAUUUCUCCGUGUCCGCGUUCGUGCCGAUGCUCCGCGAGCGCAUGUACUCGCGGCACGCCGCCGCGCGCCAGUUCUGCGUGUCCUGGCUGAGCGUGCUGGACUCCGUGCCGGCGCUGCCGCUCCGGCAGCACCUGCCGCAGCUGCUCGACCCGCUGCUCGUCAUGCUGGGCGACGUGCACGCCGAGAUCCGCCGCAUGUGCGACAUCCAGCUGGGCGAGUUCCUUCGCAGCAUCAAGAAGGAGCCGGCGCGCGUGGAGUUCGCCGCCAUGAUCAACAUCCUCAUCACGCACGCACAGUCGCCCGACGAACUUGUACAGCUGACCGCCAUCACGUGGAUCAAGGAGUUCGUGGAGCUGGCGGGCGCCGCCAUGCUGCCCUCCGCGUCGGGCGUGCUGGCCGCCGCGCUGCCCUGCCUCGCCUACUCCGACGAGCCGCAAAGGAGCAUCAGAGAAACCGCCACGAUAGUCAACAUGCAGUUAACCAAGCUGGUGGAAGCGGAAUCCCCUUCAUCAUCCCCAGGAGCUGAGGGCGACGAGGAAGACAGAGGCCGCAUCAACCUGGACGCGGUGGUCGGGAUCUUGAUACAGAUGGUGCACCACAGCUCGGUGCACACGAAGGUGGCUGCGCUGGAGUGGUUCUUGCAUCUUUACAGUAAGAUGCCUACUCAAAUGUCAGCACAGUCGGGGCGAGUGUUCGCGUGCGCGGUCGGCAGCCUGACGGACGCGGCCGACGAGGUGGUGCGGCGCGGCCUGGCCGUCGCCGCCGAGAUCUGCACCUGCACGCCCGGUGAUUUGGAAUCUAGCCCCUAUUAUUACAAGUUCCUACAAGCUUUACUAAGGCUGCUGGCUGCUGAUGAAAAUUUACUAGAAGACCGGGGAGCGUUUAUAAUUAGGCAACUAUGUGCUCUCCUAAAGGCGGAGGACAUCUACAAAGCCCUGUCGAAGAUUCUCGUUGACGAACCGAACCUGAAGUUCGCGGCGACCGUGGUGGACGUGCUCAGCAUCAUCCUGCUCACGGCGGCCGAGCUGCAGGACUUGAGGCUGCAGCUGCGAAACUUUACUGCGCCGGCGACGCAGCAGCUGUUCUCGGGGCUGUACCGCUGCUGGUGCCACUCGCCGGUGUCGCUGCUCGCGCUGUGUCUACUGACCCACAAUUACGCGCACUGCAAUGCGCUCAUAUCCACUUUUGGUGAACUGGAAAUCACCGUGGACUUCUUAACAGAGUUAGACAAGCUUGUGCAACUCAUAGAGUCGCCUAUAUUUGCUUACAUGCGCCUAGAGCUGCUGAGCGGGUCCCAAAGUGCGGAGCUGCGCGGCGCGCUGUACGGGCUGCUGAUGUUGUUGCCGCAGAGCGAGGCCUUCCACACGUUGCGCCGCCGGUUGCAGUGCGCCCCGCCCCCGGACAGACCUGCACUAACAAUAGGUCCGGCGGCGGCGGCGGCGGCGCCCGACACGGACUUCCCAGCGCUCCUGCAGCAGUUCCGGCGCGUGCAGGCCGCGCACCGCGCGCACCGCCUCGUGGAGCGCCCGCGGCGGCUCCCCGCCUACUCGUAGCGGGACACGUUCACUCAUACAAACAUAAGUAGGAUACGAGUUCAGACAGAUAUGAACCAUAACUCACCUGAAGUGGCUAGGUUUUUAUGGAAAAUCAGUUUCAUGACCAGGUGCCGAACAAGGCUAGUUGUGUUAUGUACCCCACCCCGAAUACUUCUGAUUAUUGAAAAGGACACAAAACAGUUCAUAUUGACUAUACAACAUCUUCAUUUAAAUUAAUGCAUUCAGUGCAUUUUGAUAUAAAAUGCUGUAGAACCAUGGGCGCUUCAAAACGUGUUCUUAAAUUAAGUGGUUAAGUCGUUAUAUUUCACAUCAAAUUUGAGAGAUCAGUUGUAUACUACUUAAUUCUAAAUAAAAAGUAGAUGAUAUAAAAAUACGCCUGUCAAGUUUUCUUUUUGUAAACUGAAAAUAUUAAUGAAGGCGUGUGUUGUUAGACGGUCACGCCGACUCCAUUCUGUUGCCGGCGUGUGGGACAAAAUGUAUUUCUAGGUUAGUAGGCGUCAAUAAAAAGCAACUGGCGAUGAAAAACAUGGUUUUGAUAGCAGUGAUGAAAUUGUAGCAGCUUAAUAAAAUGCUACAUCGAUUGAAUAAAUUCUUAUGAUAACAGGCACUAGUAUUUUGUAGUUUUACAGAUUCAAUACCAAACUGUCAACUUACAACUCGUAACCCUUAUUGCAACCACAUAAGGUCCUCCCAUGAUCGGCAAAGGGUGUUGCUUUUAGUAUUUGUAAAGAUUUUGUUUUAGGUAAGACUGCACAUAUGCUGCCUUUCUGCUAAAUGGUCAAACCGAAAUUUUAGUCACAUUUUUUUAGUGUACUAGUAGAAUUUUCGAAUUGAGCCAUUUUAAGUGUUAUUGAAUCAAUGAGUGGCAUUAUACAAUAAGAACAAAACGUUAUUUAUCGAUUUUUCUCUGUGGAAAUCUAUGAUCUACCAAUUUAUUUUCAUGAUUUUGUGAUGAUAAAGUGAUUAUGAAAUGAAUUCGUACUUUUUGUAUGUUUGAAUGACAUGGGGUUUGGCCUCUUUAGUUUCUGGUUUUAAUUGGGUUCCUAAAGCAGAGACGCUUUCAAGAUAGAUUUUCGUACUUGCCCUGCCUGUUGCUAUCUCUAUUCUUCUUCUUCUUUUUAAAAAUAUGGCUUCAGUCCAGUGGGACUAUUUCGCCAGUAUCAAGGUAUUAGGAGCUUUGUACGGUUAUAGUAACUAAAAUUGUACGGUUAGUACAAGACAGUGUACGGUGAUUUCAUCAGCACUUGUAAAGCGAUAGCUGAACUUUACAAGUAGCACGUAGACUACCGGCCGUUGACUCCAAAAUGGUGGUUAAACGCGUUUCAAGAUUAAUUCUUCAUUCACUGCACACUACCACAUUAGUUUACUGUAUAAUAAGCUAUCGAUAUUACACUUUAAACAAUAUUAAUGAGCAUAAAACAAAGUAAUUAAUCACGAGGCGUGAUUAUCAAACUGGCGCUCAAACCGGAAGUCCGCUAUCUCUAUUGCACGCGCAUAAUUAUAUUGCCGUCCCGCCCGUGGCGCCAGUUGUCAAUGUCACUGUGCGAGUUUGACAGCAAUAUAUUUAUGCGUGAGUAAUAGAGAUAGCAUCAUGCGGGGCAAUGUACGAAAAUCUAUAUGAAAGCGUGUCUGUAUUAUUUAUUAUUUUUGUAAAAUUGCAUAAUGCACUAAAAAUAAGUAAUGGUUGAUUAGCACCUGCUGAAAAACACGAAACAUUUAUGAAUUGUUUAUAGGAGAGGACAAUUCCCUGUCGGAGUAUGUUUUAUAAUUAUAAGCAAAGUGUAAUGAAGCCCACGGCUGAAUGUACCUAAGCUUAGGUUACUCGAUAAAUUAUUUUAUUACUGUUAUUUGAAACAGAAAUAUAUUAUGUGUACAUUCCA